CCAACUCCGCGCAGUCGAGUUCCGCGUCUCCGAGCGUUGAGUUCACAUAUUUAAAAGGCACCCAGCCGAAGUCAGCUUCUCUCAAAGCGCGCGCUCAAAAAUCAUAAACUAAUAUCUACUACAAGCUCAUUUUUUUUAGUGCUGGCUUCCGUAAUAAUAAAUAAAUAGUUAACCGGGAGUUGCCCUUUUUUUGUUUGUGUUUUCAAGUGCAAGUGUGUGGAUACCAGGAUAACCAGGAUAACCAAGUCUUAGGUAAAGAGUUUCCAUAAUGACUAGCUACCGGAAAAACCUAGUCUUAGUGCUCCUGCUGGUGGCCAGCACUGCCAUCGUCCAGCUGGAGGCCAAGACCGUUUUCCGGCGCACGGACAAGAUAUCGGAGAACUUUAAGCAACUGGAUUUACCGCCCGAGGAGAUCGAUCCUAAUGUGGCGCCACCAGAGUCUGAGCCGCCAAAGGUGGAGGAUGUGGUGGACGCAGCUGUCCCAGUGAUUGAUGAGAGUGCCAAUGAGAUAACCAGCGCUGAUGUGGAGUCCACCAAUGCGGCAGCUGCUGUGCCAGAAGUGGCCACUGCUGCUGUUCCCGCUCCCGCUGCUGCUGCUGCUGUGGAAACUCCUGUGGCUGAGGCUGCUCCCGAGGCAGCUGCCACUGCCGCCGCCGUUACCAAGCCACCAAAGGUGCCCAGCACCACUGCCAAGCCGGAGAAUCCCAUCAGCAAGUACUGCAAGUGCUCGGAGUCGCAAUGCGACUGCUGCCGCAAGUUUGGACUGCCGCUGCUGACCAGCCAGGGCUGUGCCAGGAUCGCCUACCUGGGCAACGACGAGAUGAAUGUGUCUUUGAAGUAUGGAGGCCUUACCCUGGCCUCGCGCCGCAUCUCCAGCAAGCGGGCCCGUCCCAUCUGUGUGGGCCUGCCCGGCGGCUACUCUCAGUUCUGUGGCCGCGUCUAUGGGUUGUCGCGCUCCAAGGAGUCCAAGGACUUCAAGGCCUGCCUGGCCUUCGAGCUGCGCUCCGACGAGGAGGUGGAGGCCUCGCUGCGCGUCUCCUGCUUCAAGUUCGGUCCGGAGGGUCUGCGGGUGGCCGAGGCGGAGCCGUUGCCCGUGAAGCCAGCGAGCUCGGACGAUGAUGACGAUGAUGAUGAUGAUAUCUUUGGCUUUGCCGCUGGUGGCGACGACGACGAGGACGAGGACGAUGACUAUGACAGCGAAAGCGACAACGAUGCCGAUGCCGAUACCGAUGACGAUGAUGACACCGAAGACUAUGCCGAGGACGACGAUGCCGAGGCCCCCGAGGACGCUGACUAUGGCGGCUUCAGUCUGGCCGGGCUCCUGGACGAGCUGGACGACGACGAGGAUGAGAAGCCGGCCAAGAAGCCAGCGGCUGCCGCUGCCGCCGCUGCUGCUGAUCAGACCCGGGAGCAUGUGAGCACCGAUGGUCAGGUGGAGACUCAGCUGGCUCAGAGCAAGGACGAGGCGGGUGCUCCUGCUGCCAGCGUUCCUGCCAAGGAUGAGGCUGCCUCUGCCGCUGCCGCCGCAGAUGAGGCCGCACUCCCGGCUGCCGUCGAGGGUGAGGUGACUUCAGCUCCUGGCACCGCUGACCUGGACUCCACCACUCCCAAGGCCAAGAAGUCGAAGAAGGCGAAAAAGAACAAGAAGAAGAAGGCAGCCGCAGAGGCAACCGAGGAGACGGGCUUCGCCUACGAGCUGCUCAACGGUAUCCUGGAUUUUUUCAACUGAGCGGCCAGCGCGAGUUUGCCAACAUGCUGGGCAACAGUGUAAAUACCUUGUACCGCCGCAGCUGGCCGGGAACCGGAAGUUAGACUUACUUUAGUGCCUAGGGAAUCCCCUGAAUCUGAAAUUCACACUUAUUUAUUUGCUAUUUAUUCGAACCGCGUCAUCAGCUAAAUGUUAGUUCUUAUUUAUUUUUUAAACUUCUUAACGAAUAACGAAUAAAAAAAAAUAUGUGGAAAAAUGUAA